UGAGAGCAGCCUCAAGAAGAAAAGGAUACUCCAUGUGUGGACAACAGUUUUAAAAAGCCUUGAGGUUGUGAGAAAAAUGCCAAAAGAAUACGUGGAUGAGUACGAGCCUUUGAUCGUAAGGGGCAUUAGAGACAAAAGGCGUUUAAAGCUUCCAAACAAAUCGCUGCUAUUUGCUGUGUUUGCUGCUUGUGUUGGAGGAACGUUUCAGUAUGGAUACAAUAUCUCUGUCAUCAACGCACCCACAAUGUACGUACAAAAUUUCAUCAACCAGACCUGGAUGCAGCGCUAUAAAACCAACAUAUCACAGGAUGGACUCACGCUGCUCUGGUCCACCAUUGUUUCCGUGUUCACCUUAGGAGGGUUCAUAGGGGCAUCAGUGGGUGGGACUUUAUCUGUGAAGCUGGGAAGGAGAGGGACGCUGCUGGCCAAUAACGCCUUUUCACUGACAGCUGCUCUGCUGAUGGGUCUGAGCUCCACUGCAGGCUCAUUUGAGCUGCUCAUCAUUGGACGGCUCCUCAGUGGAAUGAAUGCAGGAAAAUACAGCAUUGCCCUGUGUGUUCAGCCUCUUUACUUGGGGGAAAUAGCUCCGACUGCAUUACGUGGGGCCAUGGGAAUGGGAACUUCAGUCUUCAUCACUGGUGGAAUCUUAACAGGACAGGUUAUGGGCCUCAAAGAAAUUCUUGGUAAAGAAGAGUACUGGCCCAUUCUGCUCUCCACCACAUGCGUCCCUGCAUUCCUGCAGCUCCUUAUUCUGCCCUGGUUCCCGGAGAGCCCGCGCUACCUGCUUAUUGACAAAGGAGAUGAGGAGAGAUGUAAAAAAGCCUUGAGGCAGCUGCAUGGCAUAGCUGACUCUGGUGAUGCGUUGGAGGAUAUCGAAAAGGAGAAAAAUAAUUUGGUGGGUUUCCAAGCCAAGAAGCCCUGGGAACUCUUCUCCGAUCGUAGUUUACGUUGGCAACUUCUCACCAUCAUCCUGCUGAACAUUGCUCAGCAACUGAAUGGCAUUAAUGCUAUUUACUUCUAUGCUGAUUAUGUGUUCCGACAAUCUGGUAUUCCUAUGGAUAAAAUACCUUAUGCAACUGUCGGCACUGGUGCCUGUGAGUGCAUCACUGCUUUAACGUGUGGUAUGCUUAUUGAAUGUCUGGGAAGGAAAAUCCUCAUCAUGGGGGGUUAUGUACUCAUGAGUAUUUGCUGUGUUUUUUUCACACUGACGCUCACUUUCCAGGAUUUCAGCCCCGUUUUUCCAUACCUAAGCAUGGCAUGUAUUUUUGCCUUUAUCUUGAGUUUUGGCUUGGGACCAGGUGGGGUGACUAACAUCCUAACCACAGAGUUGUUCACACAAAAUGCUCGACCUGCUGCCUUCAUGAUUGCAGGAUCAGUGAACUGGCUCAGCUUCUUCUUAAUCAGCUUGGUCUUUCCCUUCAUUGUGAUUGGGCUACAGCAGUACUGUUUCCUGGUCUUCUUGGCAGUUUGCUCCUUGGUGGUCACCUACAUAUUCUUUGUUGUUCCUGAAACAAAGAACAAAACCUUUGUGGAAAUUCAGAACGAGUUCCAGUCAUCGAAGAUGAACAAGUUUUGCAGUUCAGAGGGAGCUGGAGCUAUACUCUCAUCAACGUCCAUCUAAAAUGUUUCUCAAACAAACUUUCUCUGUCACGCACAACAUUUACACAUCACUAAAUAAUGAGGAAACACACACAUGCAUGAGAGAGCAGACUGUAAUAAAUAUCUACAAAAUGAAGUUAAGAUGACCUUGUUACACAUCCCUGUAUUAUACAUGAUGAUUUGUACUACCUCUAUAAAGGAUGCUUUACUUAAAUUUUUAAAUACAUGUCAGUUAAAAAUGUC